AUGUCAGACCAAGUAGCCAUCGGAAUCAACGGUUUCGGUCGCAUUGGCCGUCUCGUCGCUCGUGCUGCUAUCGAGAAUGGCAAGACGAAGGUCGUGGCCAUCAACGACCCGUUCAUGGACUUGGACUACAUGGCGUAUCUGUUCAAGUACGACUCGACCCAUGGCAAGUUUGACGGCACAGUCGAGACCAAGGACGGCAACCUCGUGGUGAACGGCGACGUGAUCCACGUGUUUGCGGCCCGCAACCCGUCGGAGAUUCCCUGGGGCAAAGCUGGCGCCACGUACGUGUGCGAAUCCACGGGCGUGUUUACGACCACGGAGAACGCCAAGUCGCACAUUGACGGCGGCUGUAAGAAGGUGGUGAUUUCCGCCCCUCCCAAGGACGAGACGCCCAUGUACGUCAUGGGCGUGAACCACAAGGACUAUGACGGCUCGGCCCACGUCGUGUCGAACGCGUCGUGCACGACCAACUGCCUGGCGCCACUGGCCAAGGUCAUUAACGACAACUUUGGCAUUGUCGAGGGGCUCAUGACGACGGUGCACGCGACGACGGCGACGCAGCUGCCAGUGGAUGGGCCGGCAAGGGGCGGCAAGGACUGGCGCGGCGGUCGUGGCUGUGGGCAGAACAUUAUCCCGUCGUCGACGGGCGCUGCCAAGGCUGUGGGCAAGGUCUUGCCGGUGCUCAAUGGCAAGUUGACGGGCAUGGCGUUUCGGGUGCCCACGCCAGAUGUGUCGGUGGUGGACCUGACGUGCCGAUUGGAGAAAUCGGCGUCCAUGGAUGCCAUCAAGGCAGCGGUGAAGACUGCGUCUGAGGGCGAGCUCAAGGGGAUUCUCGGCUACACGGAAGACCAGGUCGUGUCGAACGACUUUUUGCACGACAAGCACUCGAGCACGUUUGAUGCGGACGCGUGCAUUGCACUGAACGACAAGUUUGUGAAGCUCGUGGCGUGGUACGACAACGAGUGGGGCUACUCGAACCGUCUGGUGGACCUUGUGCUGUACAUGGCGUCGGUCGACAAGUAA